AUGUCGUCUCCACAAAUAAAGUCUGUACUUUUAGUCGGUGGGUCAGGGUUCCUUGGUCUUCACCUUGUUCAAGAAUUUUACGAUAUCAGCCCAGUUAGACCAAAGAUCCACGUCUUUGAUGUUCGCCCACUUCCAGAAAAACUCGCCAGUUAUUUCACAUUUGACCCAAAAGAAAUUGGGUUCAUCAAAGGAGAUAUCACUUCAGAAGAGUCUGUGAAAUCUGCGAUUCGUGAAUCUGGAUGUGAUGUGGUUGUGCAUUCUGCCUCUCCAAUCCAUGGCCAAAAACAAGAGAUUUACGAAAAGGUCAAUGUCGAAGGUACUAAAAACUUGAUCAAGUGCAGCGCCGACCUUAAAGUCAAAGCAUUGGUCUACACUUCUUCUGCCGGAGUGAUCUUCAAUGGCCAAGAUAUCCACAAUGCUGAUGAAUCGUGGCCGAUCCCAGAAAUCCCAAUGGACGGGUAUAACGAAACCAAAGCAAUUGCUGAAAAAGCUGUUCUCGAUGCCAAUGACUUUGAUUCUGAUUUCCUCACUGUGGCAUUACGUCCAGCAGGCAUCUUCGGACCAGGGGACAGACAGCUUGUUCCAGGUUUGCGAAGUGUUGCCAAGUUGGGUCAGUCUAAAUUCCAAAUUGGCGACAAUAACAAUUUAUUCGAUUGGACUUAUGCUGGGAACGUGGCAUAUGCUCAUGUGUUGGCGGCCCAAAAAUUGUUGGAUCCAGAAACAAAGCAUCAAGUAGGGGGUGAAAAGUUCUUUGUCACCAAUGAUGCCCCUACGUAUUUCUGGACCCUUGCGCGUACCGUGUGGAAAGCCGAUGGUCACAUUGAUAAUUUCAACAUUGUGCUAUCCAGACCAGUGGCCAUUGCCAUUGGGUAUGUUUCUGAAUUUGUAUCCAAGUUGACUGGGAAAGAACCAGGGUUGACUCCAUUCAGAGUCAAGGUGGUUUGUGCCUAUCGAUACCAUAACAUCGCCAAAGCGAAAUCGAUUCUUGGAUAUAAGCCAAAGACCGGAUUAGAAGAAGGGAUUAAGUACACCCUUGAUUGGAUGAAUGAAACACAAUGA